GGUCGACUGUAAUUUCUACGGUUGCUGUCUUCACAGUUAUUUUGUUUAAAAGUGGCGGUCUAUAUCUACAUAACCUGCAAACUUUUGCUUGUGCUUGUGUGUGUAUUUGUAAUGUUAAUUUCCCAAUUAAAAAAAUGUCUUCUUCCACCCCUUUUUGGAGAAAAAUCCACCAAACAAUAUCGGGCCAUAGCCAAAACAUUACUGAAGACAUAGUCGCGGAAAUUUUAAAACUCUCGAAAACAGAAUUACUUGAAGGCCUCUUGAGCUAUCGACCGUACACAAAAAAGGGUUAUCAUGACUGGGUUGCGGUCUCGGACGUUAGCAUUUGCAUGAAAGAAUUCGUUCAUGAUAUAAGCCAAGUUCUUAAUCUGGACACAAUAACGGCUUAUCCGGUCAUGUGCAAUUACCUGAUGUUUGAGUAUUAUGGAAAAAUUAAGGAGUUUUGGCAAAUAACUAGAAUGGGUUCAACCUUACAUUUGAAAGAGAGUAUUUGGAAUUUUUACACGGCUGAAAGGAUGUUUUUGCUGAAGACGUGGAGACACAUAUUUGAGUGUGUCAAUAAGGAUUAUGAGUUUGCUGAGCAGUACAAGGAUUUUCUAAAAACGAUCAAAAUCGAGGAAUUGCAAAAUAACUUGAUUACGCAGUUUGAGGAGCUCCUUAACGAGGUCACGUCUAAUAAUUUUGAUGAGAGGAGUCCGUACAAUGAAAACUGGCUGUGUCGGAACAUCAGGGAACAAAUAGAAAUUCUCCUGAUUCUCAUCCUAACAGCCACCCAUAAACCCCUGGCAACUGCAAAACUCUCUCAUUUGAUUAAGUUAUUCACUCAGAAUAAUUUCGGCACCCAGCCGGCAUUUUUCGACAUCCGGACGUACGCAAAACCGCAAGACUUGGACCAGUUAAUGUUUGCCGAAGUCGGGUGUUACUUUGCCAUUUUGGACAAUUAUUGGGAUAAGGAAAUUCCAGAUUUUUGGAAACAAGACUCAACAAGCGAGUUGGACAAGUCGCUGCUUAACUUACACCUCAACCCAGGGCACAUUAUAAUAAUGCUGGCCUGGUUAACUCUGAAAUUUAAAUCGCUAAAUCGUGACCAAGACGCCGAAAAAAUACUAGAGCUGUUCAAAAGACAGCCGUUUAUUUUGUGGCACAAAAUCCUCUCAGAUAGUAUGUUUAAGAACUGUACGGUUGGAGAAGUCGUUUUGCGAGCAACGCAUAAAAUGCUCGACGAGCUUUGUUUGAUGUUCGACGACCGAAAAAUUCUCUACGAGGACGGCGGCGUGAUUAAAAUCCUUGCCGAGUUUUUGAAACAACCAGACUUGGCCGAAAUUUGUUUGCAAACGCGAAAUGGUUUAGACUGCAUGACGGAAAUCGCGAUUGAGUCAUUUCCUCACGAUUUUUAUUCGUUCACCACCAUUGCACAAUCGCUGCUAGGCCUGCGUGACCAAUACAAACAAACCAUGCAAUUGUUGAAUAAUUUCCCGUCGUUUUUGUCCGAAAUGACCUGGACCAUUCCAAAGGAACAAAUCUCGGUUUUGCGCAAAAACCAGCCGGCGUUUCCCGACAGCGACCUGAUAGUCUUCCCGCCGAAAACGGUGGUGCGGUCGUACCGAAUUUUCGGAAAAAACCUGAUACAGUACAAGGGGAAGUACAGCUACUUCUUCCACCUCGAGUAUUUGGUCACAACGCUGAUAAACAACGGGCUGUGCCACCGCAAGUUUGACGAGGCUUUGGUCCAGAAGGUCAUUGCCGGGUAUGGCGUUGUGAUCCAAGCUAUUAGGUAUUGCGUGGACAUGGACUUGAGAACAGUGGGGCUUGAGAGAAUUAUUCUGAAAUUAAACAAACUCCUAGUGCAUUUGGACGGCCCUUUGCUGCACUUUGAGUUGGUCAAACUUUACUUCGACUUGCAAAAUGCGCUAAUGCUGUACCGACAAAGCAGCUUCUUCAAGAUCUGCUCCGAAAUCGUAUGGAAAAUAUUUUUCCCGAAGCUCAAACCGGAAUAUUUGACCCAAGACGUUAAAAUUUUGCUGCUGAAUCAGUACGUGUUUGAGGACCGAAUUUUCAUGCAAUUGUUCCAAAAAGAGGAGUUUAAGGAAGAUCACACUCUCCUUCUUACCUACAUCAAGAUUCUAAGCAACAUUAUUAAGGUGAAAUUCCAAUUCAAGAAUUUCCAACUCUCGGGCGUUGUUUAUUUAUUUAAUUACGUCUUUUUGCAACACCAAACUUGGGUCUAUAAGGACGAGAAUCAAAAGACGCAAAUCACACUCGAGUGCCUUAAAAUUUUUCAUUACGUUUUGCAAAAACAGGUCGAGGAUUUGACCGACAUUGAGCUGAAAAUCUUCCAGUUGUGCAAUCACGCUUUUUUGCACAACGUCUACGUAAUCGACUCGUUCCUGCGCUUGUUUGUUAAGGAGAGAUAUUAUUUGAUUUACGCAAUGGAACGGGAAUCGAAUUGGCAUCAGGGCCCGUCUUUAGACACCUUACAAUGUAUCAGGAUGCAGUUAGCUCUUCUCCUGUUAAUUAUGAAUCGGAAAAAAGCAAUUGGUGAUUGUUGCUUCAGUGAGAGACUGCCCUUCGUCGUAAAACCAGUAGCUUCGUAUUUUACCAACGCGUAUAGCCCGCUUAUUGCCGAGCUGUCCUGCCGUUUUUUGGAAAAAUUAUCACAAGAUCCGUUUGUUCCCUUACUUGCGUUACUUGAGCUGGACCAUUAUCAAGUCCAGUCGCUGUUUUUGGAACGGUUAAGGGACCCUCUGGAGGAGGAAAACGUGAAAAUGGCAAUCAUCGACCUAAUUAACACGUGUAUUUCAAGCCAGGACGGCAUGACUGCGGCCUUCUUCAACUUGAAGUGUUUCAUGUACUGGGACGGGGCCGAGAACGAUGUUAUUAACGGCGACAGCGUGAGCGACUUUAUGGUCGAUUACUUGCAAAAUAUUAAAAAGUCGCACGAAUAUUUCAAAAAUCCGCUCCAGCUCGGAAUCCUCCGACUCCUCUUCAACUUGUGGCUAAACCACCGGGAAAAUUUAAUCGAAAACAUCGCAAGCUUGAAGGAUUUCUGGCCCGUGAUGGCGGACCCGUUUUUCUGCGACUAUAAGCAAGACAUUGAAAUUUACACAAUCAUCCUCCGCAUAAUUAACUUGGAAAUCGGGGCUAACAUAGACAAGGUGGACGAAAAACUCGUAAAAACCAUCGAUAAGUUUUUGAAGGACAAGAAACGCAUUGCACAGUGGAACAAAUUCGUGCUUGCGUCCUCUCAAAGCAGUGCGAAAAACAAGCUGGACUUGCUCAGUGCCUGGAUGGAGUUUUUGGUUUUGACGAAGAAAGUUAUACCUGAUAGUUUCGAGAACGACGUUAAGUUCGCCCUCGUUGCCUGUUGUCUGGACGGCUUGCACCCUCCUGAAGGCGGGUUCAGUAACAUCGAAACGAUUUAUCUGUGGUCACAGCUGUACUUGCUGUUAAUAAGUACGUGGUCAGUCUACGAGAAAAAGGAGCAAGUGGUUUUGGGGAAGCUACAAACGUUCCUGCACGCGCUUAACACGUAUUAUAAAUAUCUGACUCCGAAAAUCAAGGAGAAUAUUUUAUGUGCGGUGAAUCGGACUAUCCUCGAUCUGCAGGAGUACUUCAGUGUUAAUACAGCGCAGUUGUUGACAUUUUUGUACUCCGUUGGGCCGCUGAUUGACGCGGAAUAUUACUACCUGGUGUCCGAAGCGUUCGAGACUGAGGACGAUGCGGAAAAAGUGCGGCGACUUAAGCCGUGGUUGAUUAUUGUUUUUAUCGGAAACUCGAUAAUGGCGCUCGAUCGCUGCGAGGAAAUUGGGUUGUGGUUCUACUACGAGCAGUUUUUGCAACGGGUGAUGGACUCUGUGGGGUCAAUGAUGGAACAUAGCGCCACUUUGCCGUUUGCAAAGCUAGCUAUUGACUUUCUUAUCACUUAUGCGGAGUCUCCGUUCGUUAAGGACUUCCUAAAGGAGGAUCUGUUCAGUUUCUACUUUAAAGUGCGACCGCCACCGCUCACAAUAAGUGUGGGGGAGGCAAUUCUAUCGGGACUUCCGGUCAAUUUGAAGGAGUGGUGGUUUAUUUUAAUCACUUUGAUAAAGCUGAACCGUAUUUUGAUACAACAGAUCGGCGAUGCAAUGCUAAGGACGUGCUUCACGUUCAUCACACAACACGACUUGUUGCUCAAGGAAAUUGUUUCUUUGACCAAAUACACCGUUGAUAUGUCGGCCUUGACUCUCGUUUGUGAAACUUUGAAACUUAUUCUGGUUGUUCUGACACAAAUGCCACAUUGGCGAGUCGACUCGCCGUACUCUUACAACUUAAUAAUGGAGGGUAUAAAAACGACAAUACACGCCUGCGUUUUGUCAAUCCUGGGGUACAAAAAAAUUAAUUUUUAUGACAUCAUCAACGGAAAAAAUCUGAACAUUAUUGACGUCACCCCAACCGACUUACUAGUCUCAGUGUUGAAUAAACUAACAGAAAUUACGUACUGGGGCUGCAGCUGUUUGAAGAAAACCAAGACCGACUUAGUAACCCAGCUAAACGCCCACUACGAGACUGAAAACCUCGCAUUAUUAUUGGUCGAAAACGACUUUAGUGUUCCCCGAUUUGAGUUGCCGAUCACUCCGAGACUGACGUACGGGUCUCUAUUGUGCCUGGCUGACUAUUUGUGCAAAACCCUCAAUCAGUUGUCUCCUGCAACUCCUUCGAGAAUUUCGAGAAGUCGUCAAGUGUCUCUAACCGAUCUUAACAAUCAAAUGAAAGUCAAGAGUUUGGGGAAAAUUUUCGAGCAUUGCACCGCAACGUAUGAGGAAUUUAUAGGUUUUAUGGUCUACAUCCAAAAAAGCGACGAUCUUCCGAAUGAAAAGUUCAGUUCGUUUUUGCACUACGACAUGACGGAAUUUUCCGGGACGACUUCGGCGGUUUCCCAGUUGGAUUAUCAUUUGGUUAAGAACGCGCUAGAGGCGUUGAUGAGUUUCCUGGCUGGGGAAAUCUUCUUCGCAAUUCGGAAUCUCCGAGGCGAAGCUGUAUUUGCAUACAGGAGGGAGUUGAGUUCGGAAAUACAGUUCUUCUACGAGUUUGUCCGAAAGCGGACUAGUGAACAAUACAGUGCGAUGGUGGCAACACCUCGAUCAACGUCCUCCAUCGCACAGACUGAGCCCGACCUUAUCAAAAGAUACAUCAUCACCAAAGUCAUGGAUAACGAUACCAGCGAUAUUGUUGAUAAUAAUUUUGUACUUGUUAUUUCUCAGUGGUUAAUCAAAUUCUGCCACUUGUCAAAUUAAAUUGUAUUUCGUGUAUCAGGUUUCAAAUAAAAAAUAUUUUAUAAAAA